UCAAGGAACGGAAGCCGGGAGGGAACUAGGGCGGAAGGGGACGAGGGCCAGGGUUGUGUUUGGAGCCUUGGCGGGGCUGGGGUUUCGAUGUGGUCCCCGGAGCGGGAGGCCGAGGCCCCAGCCGGGGGAGACCCGGCGGGCCUACUGCCCCCCGAGUGGGAGGAGGAUGAGGAACGCAUGUCCUUCCUGUUCUCCGCCUUCAAAAGGAGUCGCGAGGUGAACAGCACCGACUGGGACAGCAAGAUGGGCUUCUGGGCACCGUUGGUGCUGAGCCACAGCCGCCGCCAGGGGGUGGUGCGCCUGCGUCUGCGGGACUUGCAGGAGGCCUUCCAGCGCAAGGGCAGCGUCCCGCUGGGGCUGGCCACCGUGCUGCAGGACUUGCUGCGUCGAGGUGAGCUGCAGCGGGAGUCAGACUUCAUGGCCAGUGUAGACAGCAGCUGGAUCUCCUGGGGGGUUGGAGUCUUCCUGCUGAAGCCCCUCAAGUGGACUCUUUCCAACAUGUUGGGGGAUAAUAAGGUUCCUGCCGAGGAGGUGCUUGUGGCUUUGGAGCUGCUUAAGGAGAAGGCUGAGGAGGUGUAUCGUCUGUAUCAGAACUCCCCUCUCUCCUCCCACCCUGUGGUGGCCCUGUCGGAGCUGAGCACCCUCUGUGCGGGCUCCUGCCCAGAUGAGAGGACCUUCUACUUGGUGUUGCUGCAGUUACAGAAAGAGAAGAGGGUCACAGUCCUCGAACAGAAUGGGGAAAAGAUUGUGAAGUUUGCCCGGGGGCCACAUGCCAAGGUCUCUCCUGUCAACGAUGUAGAUGUUGGGGUCUACCAGCUGAUGCAGAGUGAACAGCUGCUCUCGCGCAAAGUGGAGUCCUUGUCCCAGGAAGCAGAGAGGUGUAAAGAAGAAGCCCGCCGGGCCUGCCGAGCAGGAAAGAAGCAGCUGGCACUGAGGUCUCUCAAGGCCAAGCAACGGACGGAGAAGCGCAUCGAGGCCCUGCAUGCCAAGCUGGACACUGUUCAAGGCAUCCUGGACCGGAUCUAUGCCUCCCAGACAGAUCAGAUGGUUUUCAAUGCCUAUCAAGCUGGGGUAGGAGCGCUGAAACUCUCCAUGAAGGAUGUCACAGUGGAGAAGGCAGAGAGCCUUGUGGAUCAGAUCCAAGAGCUGUGCGACACCCAGGAUGAAGUUUCUCAGACUCUGGCUGGUGGGGUAACCAAUGGCUUAGAUUUUGACAGUGAGGAACUGGAGAAGGAACUGGACAUCCUUCUUCAGGAUACCACCAAAGAACCUUUGGAUUUGCCUGACAACCCCCAUGAGACAUUUUAUACCAACAGUGUGCCUAAGCCUAGGAUCUCGGACACUGAACUUGAAGCUGAACUUGAGAAACUGUCCUUAUCAGAGGGAGGUUUGGUCUCAAGCAGUAAAUCUCCAAAAAGGCAAUUGGAACCGACUCUCUAAAGCCAUUGUAGGACCCUCAAGUGAAGGACCCUCAUGUAAAAGAGAGGCCAGGCUUGUGUGUGUGUACAUAGUUAUUUAAAUGAGAAACCCUCAGAAUCUGUUGGGAAGAGGAGGAGGGAGAACUACUCUGAUUUAUCUGGAUGCUGCCACUUACUACAGGACAGAUAUAGUUUCUGGAAGCGUGCUCCAGAGGCUUCCUCCCAGCCUGGGUCAUGGACCUGCCUUCUCAUCUUUAGAGUGCCACAAUUGAUCCAGUUCUGUGUUUGACCUGUCGUCGCCCAUAGCCUGCCGUUCUUGCCAUUGGCUCAGUUAGGUUUGUCUUCACCCACCAGCUUCGUUCCGGCCAAUGAAGGGGAAAGAUGUGCAGCUUUGCCAAAUCAAAAUCAGUCCUCUUCCCCCACCCCCACUGUUUUUUAGAGGCAUUUAUUCUGUCUGUAAGGUCAGUGAAACAACUUUUUCCAGUCCUGUUCCGUUUUCCUUGGAAAUAAGAAGAAUGAAUCAAACAGUUGUCACUUUAUGGAGAAACAUACAGUGUAGAGGAUUUUUCUCUAAGGGCAUUUGUCAGAUUCUCCAGGUGUUCAGAAAGAGAGGUCCCCUCCUGAGUGGCUCGGGGCCAUGACGGCUGGAGGGGGGCUUGUGUGGUGGGCCUGCUGCUGUUCCAUCUCAUGCAGAAGAAGACCUGACAGAGACGUGCGUAUGCUUGGUCUUCUGAUCUUUAGGGGGAGGAGCCCAGGUCGUCACAGGGCCCCAAGUGUCCAAACCCCAAAUGCUUCUUUAAAGAGGCAUGAUCUUUGCCUUGUCUCUGUCAUGGAAUAACUUAAAUAUAUAUGUAUCAGAACAAGCCACAGAACAGCACACCUCCCCUUCUUGAGCCUGGCACAAACCACAGGUUGUCUGUUUGAAUUUCAGAAACAUUUUACUUUGCAGCCCAUUGCUCAGGACAGGGGAUCUGAUCCAAGAUGUGCAAUAGAAGCAGAAGAUGGUGGCCUUCUGCCGCUUCUGCUGUGUGCUUCCCAGUCCUGCUCUAUACCUGUUCCUGCCUCCACAAGUCCCAUCUUCCUACUUUGAUGAAUUGGGGAGUAUGGUGUAGGGGACAGACAGGAGAGGGCCUAAAUGCUCUGGCAACAGGGAGAAGAAAAGAAGACAGCCCAAUUACUGCCACUCUGCUGCCGCAGUUCAAGUAUUCUACCUGGAGCUCUUUGCCCUGCCCCUCCUGCUUGAGGUGGUGUAGAGCAGAGGGGAAGAAGAAUUUGCUCCAGGCCAGGAGCACGAAUCACUGUUCAACAAAUUUCUCUCCCACUCGACCUUGGAAAACUGAAAUGUUGGGGGUGAAGAGAAACAAUCACUAUUUUUUCUUUUUUAUCUGGUAAAUAAUUAAAAGAAAAAACCUGA